UUGGUGUUGUGAUAGCGCGUGUCAGCAUUUUAUUUUUUUCAACAUUAUAUUUUCAUAAAUAUAAAAAAAACAUGACCCAUAGAGUUAUUUAUCGACGUAAAAACUCUCGUUUAAAGUUUUUUGAAAAAAUUCAUGAUGGCUACUCAUAUCACUGUUAUCAAACUACCAAGGAUACCAGAUAUAUAAGAUGCUGUGAACAUCGAAGUCAUGCUUGUCCUGCUCGUGGAAAAAUAAAGAAUGAUGUACUUGAGUUAUCGAAGGAUCAUAACCAUGUCAGAGAUCCUCAGUUGCAGAAAUAUUGCAUCUUUCAAGAUGCAUUGUUUAUCGCGGCAACGGCACGCCCUUAUAGGUCCCUGAGACUUAUAUAUGAUCAAUUGAGUGUGCAACAUCAUGAAGCAGCAUCAGAAUUCACAUGGGCGAAAAUGCAGCCGCUUAUGGCAAGUUGGCGCCGCAGUGACCGACAAGCUCGUCCACCGAUUCCAAAUAAUCUACAAUAGUUCGCCAAUUAUUUAAACAUGCCACAGUGGGCCAAUUUAAAAAGCUACCCACAAGGACAAUUAAGUGUUUCUACGUGUGCAACACCUGAUGGCAGUUUUUUAACCAUCCUGUAUAACUCGAAUUUUGUACAAUCUGUAACGAAUAUAACAACAUUAUUCAUGGACACAACUUUCAAGAUAACGCUUAAAAAACCAAAAAUUUAUCAAAUUUUUAAAAUUCUUGGUUUAAUUAACGAUAAGAAAGUUAGUAAACUGAAACAAAAUCUGAAAAGCGGCUGACCCGCAGAUGAUCUCUGCAACUUUCUACUAUUUUUGAGCUUAUAUCGUUUAAAAUAUUUAGUUAUAUGUACUUUAAUGAGCUCCACGAGCUCAAAAUAUAAGAUAUCUAUACAUUCUGUACUUAAAU